CUGAAGGAAUUAAACAGCGUUUAGCAGAGUUUGCUAGAGGAAAACAAUUGCAUAAUCUAAAUCACCAGUAACGUAACGUUAUUUAGCUGUCCAUCUUCUCGGCGACGGAAGAUCUUUGGUCGGAGACUGUCAGGCGGACAGUGACGUAAUGAGCCCUGAAAGCGGAGCGCCCUACGUUGUAUUCCCGACGCAUUUAAGCAUUUGCGCUACAGUCGCUCCUAGAUUUACAGGGUCACACCAGAGUAGGGAGUAAUAUAUAUAUAUAUAUGCUUUAUUGUUUCUUUGAGAUUGUGUUUACACAUGCGAUCUCGGGGCAUAAGCUUGACAGCCGCAGCUUGAACGGGUUUUUGGCCAGUUUACGGCGGACAGAAAAACGCGAACAGAAACAUGCCAUGUCUGUGCGCGUCUUCGGUGAGGUUCCUCCUGAACUCAGCGCAUAAAGGAAUCUCUUGCUCUCGGGUUCAACUGUUUGCCCUGAGUAGACCAGGAGUUCAUGACGUUGGCCUGCCUCGCAAAGUACCUUUGAGAACUUUCUCAGAGUCUGCGGUUUAUUUUGCAUUCAAGGAGGGAUCGAGCAAAGACGGCUCUGCUGAUGGCGGAAAGAAAUCAGUUGGGGAUGGAGGCAGUAAAAGGUCCGGUGGAUCCGGAGGCUCCGGGAAAGGCGGCGGCCAGCUCCGGUGUCCUAAAUGCGGAGAUCCGUGCACGCAUGUGGAGACCUUUGUGUCGUCGACGCGCUUCGUUAAAUGUGAGAACUGCCAUCACUUUUUCGUGGUGCUCUCCGAAACUGACACCAAGAAGAGUCUCCACAGGGAGCCGGAAUCGGCCACCGAGGCGGGAAAGUUGGCCUUUCAGCAGAAGCCCCCUCCUCCCCCGAAAAAGAUUUUCGCAUAUCUGGAUAAGUAUGUAGUGGGUCAGUCCUAUGCUAAGAAGGUCCUGGCGGUGGCCGUGUACAACCACUACAAACGCAUUUAUAACAACAUCCCAGCAGGCGCCAGGCAGCCGCUGGAAGCCGAGAAGCAAGCCUCCCUGCAGCCACGAGAGCUCGAGAUUAGAAGACGGGAUGAUGAGUACAAAUUCACGAAGCUGCUCCAGAUCGCGGGGAUCAGUCCCCAUGGCAACGCCUUGGGGGCCUCUCUACAGCAGCAGGCAUCCCAGCAGGCACCGCAGGAGAGGAGGGGCAGCGAUGUCCUGGACUCCGCCCACACUGACAUCAAGCUGGAGAAGAGCAAUAUUGUCCUGCUGGGUCCCACUGGAUCGGGAAAAACACUGCUGGCUCAGACCCUGGCGAAGUGUCUGGACGUGCCCUUCGCCAUCUGUGACUGUACCACACUGACGCAGGCUGGCUAUGUGGGAGAAGACAUUGAAUCGGUUAUUGCAAAGCUGCUGCAGGAUGCGAAUUAUGCCGUCGAAAAAGCACAGCAAGGGAUCGUCUUCCUGGACGAGGUCGAUAAGAUUGGCAGCGUUCCCGGGAUCCACCAGCUGCGAGAUGUGGGUGGUGAAGGGGUCCAGCAGGGUUUGCUCAAACUCCUGGAGGGAACCGUCGUCAACGUGCCCGAGAAGAACUCAAGAAAGCUGCGAGGGGAGACCGUCCAGGUGGACACCACCAAUAUCUUGUUCGUGGCAUCUGGUGCCUUUAAUGGACUCGACCGGAUCAUCAGCAGGAGGAACAAUGAGAAGUACCUGGGAUUUGGAGCACCAUCCAACACAGGCAAGGGACGCGGCGCCGAGUCGGAGGCGGCUGACGUGGCGGGCGGCAAGGCGGACGCGGUUCGCGAGAUGGAGGAGCGAGACCGGCUGCUGCAGCAGGUGGAGGCUCGUGACCUCAUCGAGUUCGGCAUGAUCCCCGAGUUCGUGGGCCGGCUGCCCGUGGUGGUGCCUCUGCACAGCCUGGACGAGGACACACUGGUGCGCAUCCUGACAGAGCCACACAACGCUGUGGUGCCCCAGUACCAGACGCUGUUCAGCAUGGACAAGUGCGACCUCAACAUAACCGCGGACGCCUUGCGCGGCAUCGCACAGUUGGCUUUGGAGAAGAAGACGGGCGCCCGUGGGCUCCGGUCCAUCAUGGAAAAGCUGCUGCUGGAUCCCAUGUUCGACGUGCCGCAUUCCAACAUCGUAGCUAUAGAGAUCAACGGAGAUGUGGUUCUAGGAAAGUCACUCCCUCAGUACAUCAGAGCCCCAUCCAAGGAUGCUGCUGACGAGGAAUAUGAGUGCGGGGUGGAGGAGGAAGGCUGGCGCAGGCAGGCGGACUUGGCCAACAACUGAUGCUGCUGCUCAGUGUCUCUCCAGAACCAUCCAACACACUGACCACUGACGUUUUAGGAUGAAUGGUUAAAGGGAAUCGGCCCUCCAGCCUCCUUAAUUUUCAGUAACAUUAGCAAUUUGUGUGUCUUGGCAAUAAAGGUUCAUAGACCAGGUUUAACUUUCUACUAAACAGCUAGCAACUGUUUAUCUGUGUCUUUGUACAGAUAGAUUCUUCAUAGCCCUAACCAAUAGAGUAGACUUUUUAUUUAUUUACUUUAACCUGGUAGAAAUGUUUUAGGAUCCAAAAGAGAAAUAGAUAAAAUUUUAACACAAGACUGUU